CCGGAUUUUGAAUUUUGUGUUUGUGGUUCACCAAACUCGCCAGCAUGGAGGACAGAGCGUUGCCGCCUGUACUGCCGUUGCCAUCUGUUACAGGCGCCUUGGACGCAGCAGCAGCAGCGAAUGGGAUGCCUGACGACGAAUCGGCCGACUCGGACUACGUGGAAGCAGCAGGAGCGCUCGGACCUGAUGGGAAUAGCAGCGACGAAAUCGACGACGACCGGCAGCAGACGGGCGCAGGGAAUGACGACGCCGACGACGAAGAAGAGUACUCGACAGAAAACACCAAGGUGAUUCAGUUGACCAACUACACAUGCUGUGCGAAGCGGUGCAUCUUUGGCCGGACGCGGGAGAUGGAUCUGUUCAUCGACUCGUUGGACGAAAUGACCAAGGAGAUGCAACACGCGUGUAUCCUCACGUCGUUGUCCAUCAGCGUCGCGCUGACCACCAAGCGCAAGUCCCGCGGCAAAGGCCUCCGUGCGCGGUACACGUACGUGAUGCCGUACCUGGGCAACGUGUGCAAGCAAGCGUUUGAAGCAUGCUUUGACAUCUCGGGCGGGUCACUCAACCGCCUUCGGAAGCAAGUGUCCACGUCCAUCGUCCCCAAGAAGCACGGGAACAUGUCCAACAAGAACGCCACGAGUGUCGACUACACCACCCUCAAAGCGUGGUUCUACCCCUACGCGACCUCGAUCGGACACUCUGUGCAAGCGCGGCGCAAGACGCGCGUCAAAACGGACGGCCACACGCACGUGCAGUAUCGCACGGACCAUGUGAUCGUGCUGCCGCCGUCGGUGACGUAUGAAAAGCUCCAUCAAGACUACUUGGCGCAUCUGUCCGCGAUACAGACGACCCCCUCGGCCGUCGUGACGUCGCGGCCGCGCCUCCCCAGCGAAAAAACGUUUCGCGAUUACAUCAAAAAGUCAUUUCCGGAUAUUCGCCUCGAUUCCGCCACUCCCCACAACGCCACCAAGCACUACCAUCACUCUCACCAUCAUUCUCACUCGACCAAACCCAUUAUUCCAGCUGCCGCCGCGCCUUCAUCAUCUUCGGUUUCAACCGUCAAGAAAACUUCCAACAUGUGAUCAUGUCGCCUUGUCAUGUGUGUAGUAUAUCAUCUAUGUAUGUCGUCGGCUACUUUUUGGCUCGACCCCAUGCAUUGGCCGAAGAUGGCGGCAGUGCCGCCGACGAUCGCACGUCCGCGUCGUCGUCGUCCUGCGUGUACGACGAGAACGACAGCGGCAGCUUUCGGCGCUGGGUGGUACUUGUGCCUUGUGUGGGUACUUGGGUUCCCCCAUCUCGCCAGGAGGAUGCUCCAUAGGUCGUCGUGGCGGUUGCGGGCGGCAACGGCGUGGCAGAUUGGGAAAACAAAGCCGAGAUCGUUUUUUGUUUCUUUCGUGUGCUGGAUGAUGGUGGCAAUGCGUCCGAGGUGCGUCGUGUUGCAGCCUUUCGCUUGGUUGCUGCCGGCGGUCGUUUCGAUGCGGCGGCGGGUUUGCGCGCUGUUUGCCUCAAGGGCGGCUCAUCAAAAUCACUCCCCGACGACGACAUUACCACCACCACAUGGUCGUCGUCGUUGUCGUCGUAGGUGGGCUGGUCGUCUGAAGAAUCCGAGAAUCGGUGCGUCGAUUGCUUCUUGUUGGCGUGUUUGGGUUGUUUCGCUGCUUUUCGUGCCGGAGUUGAAGUGGUUGCCUUGACACUAGCUGCCGCCGCCGCCCCACCACUACGACCUCGGCCAUGUUUGGCGGCAGUCGUGGUGAUGGGAGUGUGCCCGUCAUCGUCGCUAAGGCCAUCCAGAUCAUUGUCAUGUUCACCAUCUCCACGUUGGGUAGUAGUCGUCGUCUGCAACAUGCGCAAGACUUCGUGCGUGUCCAUGGCGCUCUGCCCCACAUGCACGGCCUGGGAUGCCUUGAUGCGCUCGAGGUUCUUCUCCACGAGGCUCUGGAUGUCGUGCUUGUUGAGCGUCGCCUUGUUCUUCUUGAGCGCGCCCUGUGACUCCUCGAGCACCGUGUCGUAGAUAUCCCCAAAUGCCGUGGGGAUGUUCUUGAACACAAAGUCGUCGAGGGCGUGGGCGAGGUUGGUUUCCGGAAGGAUUUCCAGCACCUUGUCCGACCCAGCCAAGUGAUUCGACAGCAAUUGCUCUACGCACAGCAUCGACGACGGCGGCGGCGGCGCGCCCGGUCGGAUCGGGUUCUUGAGGAGGCAUGCGGCGGAGCUCGCGUCGUCGUCGGUGGCGCCUUUUUUGUCGCGCGAAAACAACAAAAUGUCACUUGGAUUUGCCACCUUGCCCACGAAUUGGCUGCCAAAUCGCUGGUUGCCCAGGACUGGAAACCCUACGUUUUGCCAUUGUCGAUAUGAGUAAUCAACUGGUUUAUCAAUACAAGAUUCCAUGA